AUGGCCCAGGCCAUCCACCCCGAUCAGCCAAAGACAACUGCUAAAGCAGCAGCCCCGAAACCGAAACCAGGAAAACUAUCUCAGCAACACAAGUCGCCACCUCGGAAGAUCCGAAAGCCGAUCUUUGAUGAUAUCGAGGAACAGAUACACUCAGAAGCAUUGUACGAGGAUGAUGAUGGAAAACAUAUCUAUCUGACCAGGGGAUGUUUGUUGGGCGAGGGCGGCUUUGCAAGAGUCUACGCGAUGAAGGACGAGGCGACUAAUAAGAUGGGCGCGCUCAAAGUCGUCAAUAAGGACCAGCUCAAGAGCAGUAAGAAUAAAAGUAAGCUGUAUGCCGAAAUCAAACUCCAUCGAGCCAUGGACCACCCGCAUAUCGUCAAAUUUCACUCCUGCUUCGAAGAUAGUCAGAACGUCUAUCUUCAAAUGGAACUGUGUGAACACGGGUCCCUGCUUGAUCUGCUAAGAUUGAGGAAACGAUAUGGUGAACCAGAAGCGAGGUUAUUAUUAUAUCAGCUGAUCUCAGCAUGUGCAUACAUGCACGAUUCCUCAGUAAUCCAUCGCGACUUGAAACCAGGGAACUUAUUCUUUGCCACCGAAAGCUCCUCACUCUAUGGACAAGACGGGAACGAUGGCUCAGAUGCCGAACGUGGUCUGUGUGUCAAGGUCGGCGAUUUCGGUCUGGCAGCUCUGGUCAAAUUCAAGGGGGAUCGUCGCAAGACGAUAUGUGGAACUCCAAACUAUAUCGCCCCUGAGAUCCUGUUUGAUCAGACCAAUGGCCAUUCUUUCGAAGUUGACAUUUGGAGUGUUGGGGUCAUUCUCUACGCUCUACUUAUUGGUAAACCGCCGUUUCAGACCAAAGAUGUCAACCAAAUCUAUCGAAACAUCAAAGCAAAUGCCUACUCAUUUCCCACCCCUUCACUAAUCUCCCCAUCUGCCACUGAUCUAAUUUCACUCAUCCUGAAUCAAAAACCAGAGGAACGACCUUCACUAGGCGCAAUAGUCUUGCAUCCAUGGUUUUCGGACGGCCCGUUUCCAUUCAUGAUCCCGAUGAGUGCGCUCGAUAUAUGCCCAGAUUUCUCCAAGCUCAGCAAAUUCCAAUCGGAUCGGUUCCGCAGUGAUUAUAUUCGUAAACUCGGACUGGAUGCAGCCCUCCAAGAAGAAUCGAUCAGUAUGGCCAACCUAAGUCGUAAUCAACGCACCCUAGGAACCGUAGGCGGGGCCGGAGAGGCCGAUGAUAAUCGGCAUCUGAAUGAAAUCGUCGAGGAAGAAGAAGAUGAAGGAGUCCGGGCGGUCUCGAAGAAGAUGUCGAAGAUAGCACUGAAAUCUGAACCACAGGAGGUACUAUCCAAGGGUAAGAGGGCACUGGCAGCCUCGGCUAACAGCGAAAGGCCACCACAGAAGAGAGUGGUCUCUGCCGGCUCGGUGGGCGUUACGUUGACAGAUCCCAUCAAGGCGUCCAAAGAGCGCCGAAGAGUCGAACGCGAAGCACAGAGCGCCGUCAAUCCUGGUAGUCCGAUUUCUGAAUUGUUGAAGAGUGCCAGGAAACCUCUCUACGUCUCCCCUCAUGGUAACAUGCAGCAACCGUUGAUGCCGAUGAAGGGACAAGGUGUCAAUCAACUCUUCCAGAAGAUGGUCGAAGAGAAAGAGAACAAGCGGGCGGCCAAAGAAGCUGAACGAGCGAUCUCCAAUGCGGAUACCGGCUCAGAUGUGGGAGGAGAGAAUGAGAGGGAUGAGCGGAACGGGCUUGGCCAGAGUACAAGGGCCGAACGAAAGGCAAAGCGACAGGUGGUCCCUCAAAGGAUCAAGGACGAGAACGACCCUGGCAAACAGAAAGCACGCAUAGCUAGUGGAAUGCUGGACUACGGAUCUGGCUGGUCGGCCGCCCAGCGCAACCCAUAUCUCGACGACGGUGAGGAUGCUGAAGAGUUCGAGCCAGUUGAAGACGAUGAAAAACCUCCCAAGUCUUCUACUCAACGCUCCAAAUCGGUCGCGAAGGUUUCCUCUGAGAAACCGCCGGAUUCCGCGAAAUCUACUGCGGGUCAACUCGUAGGACGGCUCGCCCAGAAAGCGCCUGCAACGACCUCAUCAACGAGCGAGCAGAAUCUAGGCCGGAGUGGGAUGACGCGGAAGCCGAAGCUAACGGCCUCGCAAAACCCGACGCUAGCGCUAUAUGAUGCAUGUCAUCAGACGCUGAUGGCAGCGCUCGGAGCGACCACGCCGGAGGCCUUGAUGAAGUUGCCCUUCUACGACGGUCCGCCCGAGGAGGACCCCCAGGACCAGCCCCAAACCCCCGGCGUGUUCAUCCAAUCCUGGGUGGAUUAUACCCAUAAAUAUGGCACCGCUUAUGCGAUGACGGAUGGAUCCUCUGGUCUUUACUUCAAUGAUGGCACUACUAUGGUCAUGGCUGCUGAUCGGAAUCACUUUGAUUAUAUUUUCAAUCGAACAGGGAUGGUUUAUCAACGGAAGAAUUACACAUUAAAGCCGAAGAACUAUCCGAUCGAGCUAGAACGAAAGACAUAUCUGCUCGAAUAUUUCGAGGAUUAUAUGUUUACGACUUUGAAGAGAAAUGUCAAAUGGGCCUAUCGGGAUUUGAAUCGCACGAAACAUUUGGACUUCGUCGUUAAAUAUUAUCGGAUGAAUAAUGCGAUCGUGUUUAAAAUGAGUAACGAUCUUAUUCAAAUCAAUUUUUGGGAUCAUCAGAAGUUAUUAUUAACAGACAAUGCACGAAAGAUCACCUUGAUCGAGCCGGAUCUGAACUUGAAAACCUAUUACAUCGGCGAGUUAUUCAAAGAAGCUUACGAGUUAGGCUUGUUUAAGCCGAGUACAGAUAAUCAGAACAAGAACAAGAAGAACAAGAAGAAAAGGACGACCAACAAUCGCGGGGAUGGACAACCCCAUGAUGAUGGGGAUGAGGAGGAGGAGGAGCAGCAGCAGGAGGAGGAGUUUGAUCGUGAGCUUGAGGACGAUGAGGAUGAUGUCGGUAAAGAUCCCGAAUGGAUCGCGCAGAAAAAAAAAGUGGCCUUCGUCUUAUCCAAAUUAGAAUAUGCUAGAAGCGUUUUGAAAUCUUUGGUCGAUAGAGGAUCGAAAGAAAAAGAGCCCAAAAAGUCCAACAAAUCGGUCGCUUCUUGA